AUGCAACCCGAAUCCUUGUAUGAUGUGACAAGAAAAUGGUUUUUCCUCAUACCACCCAUCUUUGGUCCGCUUCAAUUUCUCAUCAACGCUCCCUUCGGAAGAUUUGCUCCAUCCAAUGACAGCAUCUUCGUUGUGGAUGGAAUCAAGUCCUGGAUUAUUAUGGAGUUAGUCUCUCCAAUCAGCUUUAUCGCCGUACUGUACCGUGGGCCCUGGGUGGCAUCGUCGUCUGCGAUAUCUACCCCCCAGGUCAUCCUUACUAGCCUGUUCAUUAUCCAUUAUCUCAACCGUGCAAUAAUUUCCCCUCUGCGAACACCAUCUCGCUCGAAGUCGCACGUCGGUGUGCUCCUCUCCGCUGUUGUAUUCAACCUUGCGAACGGUGCUCUGAUGGGUACUUACCUCUCAUCUCCCACUGCGUCUGCGUUUCUGGCGGAGGCCUUCUCUCGUCCAUCUUUCUGGGCUGGGAUAAUACUCUGGGCGUGUGGCUUCGCGGGAAAUAUUUUGCAUGAUGAAGUACUUCUCGAUAUCCGCCGUAAAUCUAAGGCGAAGGGCAAACGCAACGAGAACACACUCGGAAAGGAGCACUAUGCCAUCCCUCAUGGCUACCUCUACCGAUAUAUCUCUUACCCAAACUACUUUUGCGAGUGGUCAGAAUGGUUUGGCUAUGCAUUAGCCGCUGCACCAUUGCCUGCUCUCAUGCCGCUCACAGAGACAAUGAGAACCGUCCAGCCCCCUUGGUUGUUCCUCUGGGCAGAAGUUUUGCUGAUGAUAUCUCGGGCAUACAGGGGCCAUCAAUGGUACCACAGGAAUUUUCCCGAGUACCCCAAGGAGAGGAAAGCUGUCGUACCGUUCAUAUUUUAG